GUGGAACCGACCGGGGUAAAACGCGAGCGCAUUUUUUAUUUAAACAAUGGAAGCGGAAUAUCUUUACAUGAGGACUUGUUUUGCCAGAAAUCGGCCGAAUUCGGUGUCACGUUGAUCAUCAGCCCGAUGAAGGGUUUGCUUGUCGACGGAGUGGAAGGUCUGAUCGUCCGUUGCGCUUACAACACGGACAGCAUCACGCUGACGCUGCCGACUGGGGCCAACGGACCCGGAAUCAUGAUCAGCCCACGAACAUACGCUGACGUGGUGACCGGUAACGGUGGCAAUCCGCUUCUGAAAAUGGUAAUUCGACAAGGACACGGCAUCACUGGUGAUGUCAUCGACUCUGCCCAGGUUGGUCAGCCAAUCACCCUCGACGUAAUGAUGGAAGACACAACUAUAUACGACUUUUACGUGCAUGACUGCUAUGCUCAUGAUGGAUCGAAUGCUCCGGAAUCCAGUAUCAGCAUUAUCGAUCAGAACGGGUGUGGGCAGAAGCUGGAACGGGCGGUCGAAGGUCCGGUGUACACUACAGUACAACCAAGGAACGGCUCAAAGCACGUGUACGUAAAUCUGUACGGUUUCCAGUUCACGACAUCGCAACUAGUUUACUUUCAAUGUCACGUUCGACCCUGUCUUCAGGCGUGCAACCAACCGGUAAGCUGUAAUAUGCAGUUGCAUUUGUCGCCAAUGAGUUAUGCCCUGCCUACUAAUCAGUUUUUUUCUUGA